ACUUUGCACUGUAACAACCCAACAUUUUUUCUCGUUUCUAUUUAAGUAAUAGUGAUUUUGAACGUCUGAUUGUCACAAACACUUCUACAAUUCCGGAAACAUACCUGUGCCAACUGGAGACAACAAAGUGGUUUUUUUUCUUUGAGGAGAUAGCACAAAGUCGGGGACACUCCGAUAAACGGUGAUACUGGUGGGAAUCCCUUGACGAUUCUGGAAAAAAAAUUUUUCGUAAAACUAAUGUGACUGCGUUGUCAAACGGAUGUUUUUUUUCGUGGAAAAUAUUCGGUAACUCGAAUCGAAGUGAACCGAUCGUUUUGUUAGAUUUCGAUUUUUAAUUGACCCUUUAGCUGUAGCGAUAAGAUACAAAGUUGCCAGGUUUCCAUGCUCCUUGUUUCUUUCGUUUUUCACUCGCCCUUCCUCUCUCGCUUGUGGUCCAAAGUUCCACGUUUCUUGUCUCUUAUAUUAUUCGUGCUCGCCGUGCCAAGUUCAUCAAUUUUCAAAAAGUUUACAGGUCACAAUGGCUCUACGAUUAUCAAGUAUGCAGAUUUUCGAAUCGUUCUAUCAACGAACUGGAAAACUAAAACGCAAUCUAUCUCUUGGGUCACUCUGUUUAGGAUCGGUUUGCAUUGGAUUGACCCUGGACUGGCCGGAAUCAUCUCUGAGUUAUUUGAUCCUGCUUUAUUGUAGCGGAAAUUGUUUGAAUACUGCAUUGGACGAUGUUUCAACGGGUCAGAUGAUAAUGAAUUGCGGUAGUUCCGUUGGCGCUCUGUUGCCGUGUUGUUUCGCCGAUACCUACGGUCGAAAAUUUUCAUUCGCAUUGGCCUCUACCUCGAAUUUCGUAUUCUGGGUCAUCCUUUUUGCUUUCGAAGGAGAUAAAGAACUGACUUUAGUUUCAGCGAUCGCUGGAUUGGCCGCAGGAAUUUUUGUAUCGACGAGCGCACUUUACGUCAGCGAAAUUUCGUUGCCUCGUACACGGGGCUCUAUCUGGGCUCUUGGUGCGGCUGGCAUGUAUGCUGGUGGUCUCUUUGGAAGCUGCCUAACUUUCGUAACUUUUCUUCGGACGAUUGCGCUCAUCAUGAUCUGCCUGGCGACGUUCUUUCUCGCUUCGUUACGCUGGUGGAUGAUCGAGUCACCCUACUUUUUCUUUCUUCAGGGGAAGACUCUGCAUGCAAAGGUUGCAUUAAAAAAAUUGCGAGGAGCGAGAACAGUGCUGGAAAUCGAUCCGGAGUACAAGACGAUAGAGUUGUUUUUCCAUAUAUCACAGGACGUUUCGGCCAUGAAGGGAUCGAGGAAUAGUUUUUUUUCGGUGACGUCACGAAAGCGCAGGAAUCCAGCAUUGGUGCUAAUAUUUUUGUGUAUAACUCAGAUGGUUGGUGCUUACGGUAUAAACGAUAAUGCCAAAAUGUUAUUGGACCGAGAGUUACCGGCAUAUCGGAGAAUGAUUUUGUCGUCAUCGAACUUCGUCUCACUGUUAACGUGGUUCUUCGUGAUCGAUCGAAUCAACAGGAGAAGCGUUCUGCUAGUAAUUUCAGUAUUCGGUUCGAGCCUGACUUGUCUUAUUUUGGCAUUGAUAACCCUGGUGGGCUCGAGGGUGGACAAUUAUUACGGGUGUUACUCGACUCUGUUGCCAGCUUCGUUGCUGGUUCUUUAUUACAUGGUUUCGACCCUGGGCCUUACACCGAUAUCCUGCCUAUUUUGUCAGGCGAAAUAUUUCCAUCUCGUCACAGAACGAUUGCCCUUUGCAUCCGCAUAUCUCUCUUCUAUCUGUCAUCGAUGAUAAUACAGUUCAUUUUCGAAUCAGUGCUUGCUGAUAGGGGUUAUCACUUGACAUUUGCAUCGUUCGCUAUUUUCGGUGCACUCGGGAUACAUUUUACGCUCAUGCUUUUGCCGGAAACACAGGGCAAAGCUUUGUACGAGAUACAGGAAGAGUUCGACGAAUAUCCGAUUAUAAUUACUAGUUGAAAAUGCCUGAGCAGAGUCAACGACUAUCCAUUGGAAUAGAACAGAAGCUCAAAUAAUAAUAAACUGCCAGUAUUAUUGAUAACGAUAGUAGCAACGAUAGUAAUGAAAAAAAAAAAAACGUCAUCAGUAUUGUAAAUAAUCAUAUCAGUGACGAAAUAUUGUUAAUAAUAAUAAUAAUAAACGAUGCAAUGGAUGCACCGCGGUGCAUCGUGUAAACAACUCACCCCUUGAAGCUGCGCGUCGUAGAGGGGCGAGACGUAGUAGCGUGCGGCAAGGCGUAGUGUGCAGAAAGGUGAUGCGUAGGAGGGCAGACAUCAAACACACAUAUCCACGAACGAAAUU